CUUAGCGAUGGGCGGGAGGAGCAGUGGCGCGCGCUAGGCUAGGGCUCCAGCGCGGGCGGAAGAGAGGGGAGCUCCCGCGGCGAUGGAUCCUUGUGCUUGGUAGCUGGAGAAAGUUUUCUUUCUACCGGCCGGAGGCUGUGGCGCUUGGAGGUAGGGUUUGCAGGCAGCGGCGAUGACUGCUGCUGCUAGUAUCAUUCCCAGCGACAAUGACGAUUUCGUGGACGCCAUCGUGCUCAGCUCCUCCGAUGACGACGACGACGCUAGCGGGAAAGUCUUCUCUCCUCCAGCCGAGCAGCGGAGCGUCGCAACGCGGGUUAAAUCCAGGAAGAGGAAACUUGCUACCCCGGCCGUCACCGCUUCCGCUGCUACUGUGUCACCCGAGAGGCCCCAACAGCCAUCCAAGCCCAGGAAGCUUAAACGAAUCUCUCUGGAGGAUGUGAAUCGAAGAGCCAUGAAAGACAUACAAAACGAGCUCCGGGAUCCAUCCCCAGAAGGCAUGGGGUCGAGGGAAGAAACUCCAGCCUCUAUGGCCAAGGUUGGCACAGGUAGUGGGAGGUCUAGAAAAAAAUCUGGGCGUCGACGAGCAAGUGCCACUUCUUCUGGCACCGUGAAGGAAGAAGAUGUUGCUGCGAAGGAAGACCCAUGUCCACAACGUCCCAGUGGUGACUGCAUUGUGGUUUUGGAUUCGUCGGAAGAGGAUCAAUUGAGUCCUUCGGCAGUGGUGCGUGAAGAAGAUAUUGGAAAGAAGGUUGACAAGAAGGCUGGAAAGUCUGUCCAACGCAAGGAUCCUGGACCAAACCCCAAGCCCAAGCCCAAGCCCAGGAAGAGUUUCGGCCCAAAGAAGCAACCACUUCCAUCACCUCCUUCACCGGACGAUGACGACUUUGCUCAAGAACCUAUCCUUGUGGAGUCCGACGACGAUGACGAGGAGGACUCUCCUUCCGCGGCUCUCGUUGCGUGUCCCAGAAAGGGUCAUAAGCUCGCUGUCAAGGCCCACUUUGUUGGCAAGCCAAUUCCUGCUGCUCGAGCUAAGAGGCAGUGGCCUAAUCGGUAUGACAAGCAGAGUGCAGGAGCCGGCUCUCAAAAAUGCGUGGAACAUUACGAGGAAGCUGUGGUCGACGGGAAGCAUUACAAAGUUGGCGAUUGCGUUGCUUUAGAGGGUGACGACACGGAGUACCUUGGGAAGGUCCUUGAGUUUUUCAAAACAGCUAACCAGGAAAACUGGUUUCGGGUUCAAUGGUUUUUCCGAUUUUCUGAUACGGCCAUAGGAGAUCUCGACGAUGUUCACCUUGACAAUAAAAGGGUGUUUCUGUCAGACGAUGAGGAUGACAACAUGAUAGAGUGUAUCAUUAAAAAAGUAAAAGUGUCAUACGCGCCGGUUAUGGAUGCAUUUUCGAAAAAAAAGAUCAAACAAAAUUGCGAUUACUAUUUUGACAUGGGUUAUACUGGUGACUUCUCGACGUUUUACAAGGUGCCCUCAGAAGCGAGUUCCAGUUUUCAGACUGCUGUAACUAGAUGCAGCGAUACUAUCAAGCCGGAAUUGAUAUUGCUGGAUUUGUACUGCGGUUGUGGGGCCAUGUCAACGGGGCUGUCUAUGGGAGCGGCAUUGGGAGGUGUCAAGCUUGUAACUAAAUGGGCCGUAGAUUACAAUGAACACGCAUGCAACAGCAUGAAGUAUAAUCAUCCAGAAACCGAGGUCCGCAACGAGGACGCCGAAUGUUUUCUCCUUUUACUGAAAGAGUGGCAAAAGCUCUGUACGAAAUACGAAGGGCAUGUAGCGGAUGACAAUUCAAACGCGAGUAGCCCUGAUAGCACCACGCUUGGCGCAGAUGAAUAUGCCGCUGAUGAAUACGAAGUUCAGCAGGUAGUUGAUAUUCGCAUGGCAGGGAUUCAGAAGCCAAAAAAGCCAGACACCUCGUCCAAAAUGCCUGAGAAGCCAAUCAAAAGACGACUUGAGUUCAAGGUACGCUGGAAAGGCUAUACUAGUGAUCACGAUACCUGGGAACCUGUAGAUCACCUUGACUCCUGCCAAGAACGUAUUCGUGACUUUGUACUGGAAGGAAGGAGACGUCGUAUCUUGCCUUUGCCGGGAGACGUUGACAUGGUGUGCGGAGGCCCUCCUUGCCAAGGGGCCAGUGGAUACAAUCGUUUUCGAAACACUGAGGCUCCUCUUACUUGCCCUCGUAAUCGUCAGAUGGUUAUUUUCAUGGACAUCGUAGGUUUCUUGAGGCCGAAGUUCGUUUUGAUGGAGAACGUUGUCGAUAUAUUGAAAUUUCAGCAAGGCCUUCUUGGCAGGUAUGCCAUGUUCCGCCUAGUGGAUAUGCGUUACCAGGCAAAACUUGGUAUGAUGGCUGCUGGGUCGUAUGGACUACCACAGUUUAGGAUGCGUGUGUUUCUCUGGGGCGCGGCUCCGUCGGAAAUGCUACCAGCAUUUCCUCUUCCAACGCACGAUGCAAUUUACAAAGGAAAUGUUCCCAACCAAUUUUCACGGAACGUUGUAAAGCACAUUGGCGAGCGGCAACUUGAGAAAGCACUGUUUCUAGGAGAUUCCAUAUCUGAUCUGCCUCCUGUGAAAAAUUGUGAGACAAGGGACGAGAUCCCCUAUAGAGACGGGCCGAAAACCGAAUUCCAAAAACGUAUUAGAAGCGCCAGAGAUGUAUUUUACGGUCGGGGACCCCGGGCGAUGAAUUCAACGGUGCAUGAUCACCGGCCAUUACGACUAAAUGACGACGAUUACCAACGAGCUUGUAGAAUACCAAAACGGAAGGGAGCCAAUUUUCGAGAUUUAGGUGGACUGAAAAUUAAGGACGACAAUUCAGUAACGCUGGAUUUGACGGUGGAAAGAGAGUAUUUGCCGUCUGGAAAACCACUGAUACCGGACUAUGCGAUCUCUUUCAUUAAAGGGAGAUCACUCAAGCCAUUUGCGAGGAUGUGGUGGGACGAGACUGUACCGACAGUAAUCACACGAGCUGAGCCGCACAACCAUAGAAUGUUGCACCCGACGCAGGAUAGAGUGCUAACAGUCCGGGAGAACGCUCGCCUGCAAGGCUUUCCCGACUGGUAUAAGCUCACAGGAAGUGUAAAGGAGAGGUACAUCCAAGUUGGAAACGCAGUCGCUGUGCCGGUUGCUCGAGCGCUUGGCUUCUCGCUUGCCUUGACCACGCAACGCCUGUGCAAGGAACCGCGGCUUGAGCUCCCAGCCGGCUUCCCGUGCUUUGAAUCGCAAGAGUAAGAUCACGGCGAAGAAGAGAACCUGACCCAGGAAAAUCUCAAAAGGCAAACACGCUAACGAAUUUCUCAUUUAUUCAUUUGGAUUAGCUCUAUGCACAACAAGCUAGAGCUUCUAGUUACUGUUACCGGUACCAUGGUGGCCCCCGUGGUACCCAGCAGUGGUAUCGUGACCAUGUGACCUUCAUGACCGUGCCA